UUCAUAGCUUUUUAUCUCAAAUAAGUUGUUUUUCCUUUAAAUCCAACGUAUGUGUACCUAAUGGCAGGUCUGAUGGUGAGGCUCUCCUAGGUGUUCCACUCCGUCCUCCAUCCCCCCUAUGGAGCUCAUCCAGGCCGGCCCGGCCUCCUCCCUCUCCCCCCAACAGGCCACAGCUGGCUGCUGGGGGGCUGGAUCCAUGGCGUCCCUCUCUCCAUCCCUCCUCCCCCCCUCCGCAGCACCGCCUCGGCCGGACGGCUCCGCCCUGCCCAACACCACCUGCUGGAACUGGACCCAGCCGGGCUUGGAGGACAGCGAGACGUCCCCCGACCCGCCCGGGUUCCUCCCCACCGUGGCGGCCAUCAUCAUCCCCGUCAUCUAUGCGGCGGUGUGCGCCGUGGGCCUGGUGGGCAACACGCUGGUCAUCUACGUGGUGCUGCGCUACACGCGCUCCGAGUCGGUCACCAACAUCUACAUCCUCAACCUGGCCAUCGCCGACGAGCUCUUCAUGCUGGGGCUGCCCUUCCUGGCGGCCCAGAACGCCCUGCUCUCCUGGCCCUUUGGCAAGCUGGUGUGCCGCGUGGUGAUGACGGUGGACGCCAUCAACCAGUUUACCAGCAUCUUCUGCCUGACGGUGAUGUCCAUCGACCGCUACCUGGCUGUGGUGCACCCCAUCCGCUCGGCGGGCUGGCGCAGGCCACGGGUGGCCCGCACGGUGAACGGCACUGUGUGGGCCAUGUCCUUCGUGGUGGUGCUGCCCGUGGUGGCCUUCGCAGACGUGCUGGAGGACGACGGCAACUGCAGCAUCGUAUGGCCGGAGCCAGCCGAGGUGUGGAAGGCCUCGUUCAUCGUCUACACGUCCACCGUGGGGUUCCUCUGCCCCCUGCUGGUCAUAUGCCUGUGCUACCUGCUCAUCGUCAUCAAGGUGCGGAGCUCCGGUAAGCGGGUACGCAUCACUUCCUCCCGUCGCAGGAAGUCGGAGCGUAAGAUCACACGCAUGGUGGUGGUGGUGGUGGCAGUGUUCGUGCUGUGCUGGCUGCCCUUCUACAUCCUCAACAUCGUCAACCUGCUGGUGGUCUUGCCGGGGGAUUUUCGGGGUCUCUAUUUCUUCGUGGUGGUGCUGUCCUACGCCAACAGCUGCGCCAACCCGAUCCUGUACGGCUUCCUGUCCGACAACUUCAAGCGGGGCUUCCGCAAGGCGCUGUGCCGUAGCUCACGUCGGGUCGAGAACCAGGGGGAGAGGGUGGCGGCGGGGGACGUGGAGCUACGGCGCCCCACGGGGGAGUGGGGUGGCAUUGCGCUGCCCCAGCCAAAUGGAAACCAAGUGGGGACCGAGGUGGUGUAUGGCUGCCCUGAGGAGGAGAAAGAGGAGGAGGAGAAGGAGAAGGAGGAGAAGAUCAGGGAGGAGGAGGAGGAUGAUGAUGAUGAUGAUGAUGAUGGUGGUGCAGGGCCGAGUGGGGCGUGCACGGCUGUAAGGAAGAGUAAGGAGGGUGCAGGAGUGGGGAAAUCUAGAUCAGAGGGUUCCCUUGAGGUCCAGUGUGACCCCACGUCGGCCCCUAGACAGACGCUUAGACAAAGGGAAGGGCUGGCCCUGGGGCCCACGGGGGCAGGGUGCACUCUGGGUAAUAAAGGUCAGAUCAACAGCUCAACUCUGCAGGACACCGUGAACCAGAGUGCAAUGCUGGAGGUCAGCUAUCUGUGAUGAAAUAAUCCAUAAUCAAUGACAUGUUUUAGACCUGCUCACUGAGAGGUGAACGUGUUCUAAGUACUCUGGGACCGCAAGACUUACAGCAUAUCUGCUGCUGAUCGUUUGGGAUUGGGAUGACACUUGGGGUUGCGUCGCCUAAAAUGCACGUGGGGUUGAAUGCAGACUUAUUGCCUACAGCAGUGGGAAAACAGUGAAACAGGGGUACUUUGAAGGAUUGCAGAUGGUUCCAGGAAAUGUCUGAAAGACAUUUUUUUAAGAAGGGAUGGGAAAAGCCUCAUUAUUUGUUUCCUACUGAUUGUACGUUUUAUACUGAUCAAAGGAGUACAUGGCUGAAAAAUAUCUUUGAGGGGGUUCAUUAUUAAAAAAAAUUGCUUGCAGAACCACUGGCCUAAGAAAACAGAUAAUUGUAUAGGUUUGAAUGGUCUCGCACAGACCCCGAAUAGACAAACAAACUGCUGAUUGAGUCGUAAAUGUAAGAAGUUGGGUAAAAAGGUUAGGAAGCACUAGAGUAGAAUAGUGAUCUUCCAGGGUGGGAUUAGUUAUGUUUGAAUGUAAAUUGUACAAUGGAAAACCAGAAACUACAGGGACCUAGUGGGUCCAGAGUAUUGACUUCGGUCUUGGAAGGCAGAUGGAAAAUAUCCUGUAGUUAACAUCUGAAAAUAUCGAUACCUAAUUCAUGUUUAAUUAUAUUGUUCUAAAGCUGCAAAUAUGAUUAUUGUUUGCUAGGCAGGUUAGUUAGACACAUUUCUAUAUUUAUUUUAAGUUAAGAAAGUUUUUAUUUUGAUUGUGUCUUCUCAGGUUAAAAAAAAGGUGAAACCACAAUGAUUGUCACUCGCACAAACUUAAGCUAAUUCAGUCUUAUACCUAUAGAAUUCUAUAAUCGUAUUUUUUUAUUGUUUGGGUCAAUAUGUCAGUGUGGUAAACUAUUUUGUAUGGAGACAU